AUGCUGCCUAAGGCGGCCUCGUCAAGGUCAAGGAUGCUGGUCGUGAAACCGCGCAAGUGUCACUUUGUCCGUGAGGGUAAGUUGGCAGCUUUAGUCGGGCUUCACAGCUCUCCAAAUUCGCGACCGGAAGUGCGCUCAACUCUUCAUUUUGAGAGACAACAACUGUUGUUCUGCCCGUCUGACGCGGCACGUAGUUCGAGUCUUCCAGUCGGGUUGACUCGUUGGGGCACAGAACGUUUCGUCAAUGCAGCUCACAAUUCCACCAUUUCCCACUGCGUCAGUCGCCCUUGA